AUGAUCGGAAUCGCUCUAGGUAGUCCCCGUUUGGUGGACCCACAGAACACUUUUGCGCAGAUGCAGGAGAAAGCGAUGGAGUCUGCGCGCGGACGCCCCAAAGCAGCCCCGCAGAUACAGCGGAAGCCGAGCAAGUGGAGGAAAAUCGGCGGAUUGUUCAAGGCGAAGAAUGCUGUUGCGUCGGGCGCGAGUCAGCCUUUUUAUCAGGUUCAGGUUCAGGGUAGUCAGGCGCCUCUUGCGCAGGGUUCUUCGCAUUCCAUUGAUUAUCAGAGUCGCGAGGCGAAAUCCAACCAUGUCAUGGAUACGGAGGUAUGGCCGUGUCUUGAGCCAGAGGUCAAAGCAGAAGAGAAGCACCAAAAUGCCAGUGUCGCACAGGUGUCAGCUCAAGAUAGACAACAGUGUGCGGUGUCGAAAUCGGGACCUCUGCUGCAGGUCGAUAUCCCAAGUGUUGAGAUGGAACGAUACAGCGUGAUGUUCAGCGCGCUACUCAACAAAAACGAACCUUCCCCGUUGAACAGACGCAGCAAAACCCUAGAAAACAUUAGCGUUACCAGCACCGAGGUAAAUCAUUCAACAUCUCCCCCGAUAUACAUCACAUAUAAGAUACUAAACCCACAUCAGACAUCACCCCCACCACCAGACUUGCUUCCGCCCCGACGAAGGGCCACCUCGCCAACACGCUCCAACUCCCCCAGACUCUCACUAUUUCCGGCAACACAGAAGAGCAAAGCUUCCAAGAUGCUAGGUACUCAGAACCUCCCACGGGGCCCCAGUCCCCUACCCCGAAACCAAGUAUCCAGAGCCGAGUCGCGCCAGGAAGACUUGUCCAAUGAACAAGAUCACAUUCUCCUCAUGGUCCGCAGUGACACAAUAAGCUCCCACAAACCUCAAGACUCAGUAUCCUCGUUCAUUUCAAGCACAACCAUCAACUCAGACGACGAAAAAUUCAUUCUGCAAAAGCUCAAGCCAGUCCAAACCUACGUCGACCCCAAAGGCGAGCCUGAAUGGGAGAUGAUCAGCAAGCGAAAACCAUCUGCAGACGAAACAAAACCGCAGAAAUUGACCCCAGCGCUUUCGCUCAACACCCAGGAACUAUCGCCCGAGCCUAAGAACAGUGAGUCGACGGCAUCGUCUCCGAUCCUCUCACCUCUUGCCGCCGUUCAGCAAAGAUUCUCUCCGUUGUCUCCCUCAGAUAGUAGUAAAUCUACCGUUUCACCAGCAGAAACCAUCCGCAUGCCUCUCACUAACGAAACUAAAGUCGAAGAAGACGACAAGACGACACAUGAGCAUGAGCCCACAGACCCCACCCCGGACGAGGAACCAGAGUCAGAAACCGAACAGGAUCACGAGGAACAAGAACGGGAGCCAGCUGAUCCCCUCCCGACCAUCGAGAUCUCCAUCGCAAGAUCCGUCUCCGUCUCAAAGAGAAAGCAAGUCUUGGUACCGGUGGGACGGCGGCCUGAUCGCCUCACUCCCAGGGCUAGAACUCCUCAGAUGGUGAAUGGGCAGUACGGUCAUCGACACGGCAAUUCUCAGGAUGCUCGUAUCGAAAGUGUAUGA